CAAUUAGCUUGCAAACGGUGAGGAGCGCAGACGGACGCGUCGACAUACGAAACUGUCGAAUUGGAUUUUGGCCCCGCACAAUUGCCACACAACACAACGCCAACUUCCGGGGCAACAAGUGUGAGAGAGAGAGGGAAAGAAGAUAGUUGCAGCUACUCUAGUGUGCUUAUAGUUCCUUUUUCCGGCUGUGGGUUCCAUCGCAGAACGUCCGCCAAGUGUCCGUUAUCUAUCGAACAGGUAUAGGACACGGUUGCUGAUAACGCCAAUCGUUCCGUGAGUAGUGGUGACGGUGCCGAACGAAGCGGCCCGUUUUGGGGAACGACCGCCGUUUUCGUUGCAUUCCGAGGCUAUCCGAGUGGCUGUUGUAGUUGUAGUAGCAGCAGCAGCAGCAGCGCGGCACAAACCCGCGAGGUUCCCGAUCAGUUCGCACGUGACGGUGAUCGGUUUUGGACGGGCGCACGCGGGCGCUCACACAUUGUGUUCGGGUGCUCUCUCUCCCUCUCUCUUACUGACUUGAGAUAAGGAGACCUCGCGAGGGUGUGCUAAUUCUGUGACGGGUGGGACAGGGACCGUGAUUCAGACAUUCCGGUCAACCCCGGAUUUCGGCGGAAUUGCCCAUUUACGUGCAAAACUUUGCACCCAGUUAUGACGGUGCGGUGCCAAAUUUCAUAACUUGUGUGACCGCUCCCUAUCAUUACCCCGAAAGGCUGUGGUGAGUGGAUCCCGCGCUACAGGUGUGUGAAAGCCCUUAUCAGCCGUGCUUGGCUGAUAGCAACUUCCAGGGAGGGCCGACCGCGGCGUAUGUUUAUCCAGCACCGUUUUCCGAAGCUUCGACAGUGAUAGGGUGAGUGCAGCACUAGCUCGGGCGCGGUAUUGCCAUUCACCGGACGGCUGCGGCAUCGGCGUGUAGUGCGUGUGACCACGAGCGAGUUCGAAUUCCAGCCGGACACAAUAUGGGACGCAUUGGAGGGGUGAUAGUGCGGUGCUGGUUGGUGGUGAUCGUGUGCAGUGCCAACAGUGUCCCAUUGGCCAGUGCGCUUGAGGCCAGUGGACAAGGUGAGUCCACGUACGAGGAGUACGACGAUGAGAGCCCGUACCUGGGCGGGUACGAGCUGCUGGACGAUCUGGAUAGUAGCGUGGAGGAGUUGGCGACCGUCUACGACGAGGAUGUGCUCGAUCCGAUCACUGACGAUGACAUUUCUUACUCAGGCUACGAAUAUGAAGAUCCGCUGGACGAUGACAUCGGCGGCGGUGGUAGUGAUGGGGUUGUUGAUAGUGUAGUACCAUCAUCUAUUAGCUCCAGCACGGUGGUCACACCCUCGAUGACCACCCUCGAAGAUGCCGUACAGCGGCACCCGGUGGCUAUUGGGAACGGUACGAUUAGUGCGGAGGAAGUUGGAACGACUUCCACUUUGGUGAUGCCGGAAAAGGAGGACGCUGGGCUCGGUACACCACUCCUCGAUGGGCUGGGUAUCAGCGGCAGUACCGCACCGCCACCGACGACCGUAGAGGACGAUAGCAGCUGCCGAGGUCAUGAGAAACUACCGACCCAGCCAGAGUACGUGAGCCGCGACGCGAGCAUCAUGCGCAAGUGUUGUCCGCCGGGCGAAAGUUUAGUGAGCGAGCACUCCAAGCACGUGUCCUGCCAGAAAGAUGCGCCGAGCUCGUACCUGCCGCAACCGAUCGUCGCCCAGUUCUACCGGGACUGCAUCGAAGAUCUGGAGGAAGAGCUGCGGCUGGACGUGCGGUACGGCAAUCCCUGCCCGAGCGAAGGUGGCAUGGUGAGCUUCGGGGCGCACACGAACGACACACUGUACGUGAUCCAGAACGGUUCGCUGCUGGUAAUUUACGGUGGCAAGGAUUACGAUGUGUACGAUACGUACUGUCUCGAUUACGACCGCACCGACGGCGCGCUGCUCGCGUACGUCUGCCCGUCCGAGGUGCGCGUGAUGGUCGAUGUGGUCAAGGGUCAGCUGUUUCUGCUCACGAUCUGCCUGAUCGUGGCCAUCCCGGCACUGCUCGUUACCGCGCUGCUCUACAUCAUCGUACCGAAGCUGCACGAUCUGCACGGCCGGGCGCUGGCGAUGAACUGCGUCAACUUUGCGAUCGCCCUGCUGCUGGAGUGCUUCUUCCAGUACCGGAACCGUGGCAAGCGCAUGCUGAUGGACGAUAUGGUGCUGGAGAACUACGCCGAAUACUUCAUACUGGCCACGUUCUUCUGGCUGCUGGUGAACUGUGGCAACAACUGCUUUCAUGCGUGGUAUUACGUCCCGCGAGGGAAGAAGGCCAACACGCUCGAGGACAACCAACGGUUUGCGCUGUACGCCGCGUUCGCGCAGCUCAUCCCGCUGUGGAUCAUACUGUCCUACUCGAUGACGCCGGCCGGCACGCCCGCCAUCAAGCACUAUCUGUUCAUCCCGAUCGGUGUGACGCUGGGGCUCGGUAGCCUCUGCCUGCUGGUAACGCUUUUGGGGCUGACGCGGCUGAAAAAUUCCUACUACACCUGCCACCAAAUCCGACAGCGCUUGGUGCAGAGCGGCCAGUAUGAGGAGCUGUGCAAGUACGUGCCCGUAUGUGGCCGUAAAGUGAACAAGGUGAUAUAUAUGAAUAAAUACACGGUCCCACUGUUCGUCGUGAUGGGCACCAUCUGGACGGUGAUGGCGGUGACGUACUACGCGACGUACGAUCUGCCAAUCUUCUACGACAUACUGUUCGGCUUUCAGGGCAUCCUGAUGUUCGUCAUCUUCGUCUGCAUGCCGCGCCCGAACGAAACGAUCCGCCAGUGGCUCAACGAGCGGCCGUACUGCGCCUGGAUGUGUCGGGUCGAUCAGGUCGACGACGGGGAGGAGGCACCGAUGAAGCGCCAGAUGAUCGCACCGAUGAUGGCGCGGGCGGCACCACGUGCUUGCGGCCCGGACGCCGCCCAGUACAGCGCGUACAUGGGCGGACCGGAGCGCUUGAAGCUCAACAAAAAUCCGUUUAAAUAUCUGGAGGAAUUUUAGGAACUAUUUCGAGCGAUUGGUGUACCCCAUUUACGGCGGGGGUUGUAAAUAUUAGACGCAGUAUUAGAUAGGCGGUAGUUACUUAUUCGGAUACUGGACAUUCAACGUUGUCUACGUUGUGUGUGUUUUUUUCAAAUGUCGAAUAACAUGACCAAUAGGCGUAAAAUUCCUAAACUAGUUUAAAUAAUCGAACAGUGUAAGGCAACAUAGUGACGUCAGUGAGGCGUAAUAAGAUAGCAUAAGGGAGUCAUUCUUACAAGUAGGGUAUACAAAGGGAAAAUCAUACUAUAAAGUGUUUCAGCAGUGAAGUAAUUCUCAGUUUACUUUUAUUUGUAAUUAAGACGAAGACUAACGGGUCUGGGGGAUGUCAAGUUCCGGUGAUUCAAAUCGUCUUCAACAACAAAACUACCAACGGGUAUAGGGAGUUGAGGGAUUGCUGCUGCUGCCGGUGCUACUACGUCCAGUAUAGACCGCACCAAUUGGCGGCAUUCGAUGGCUCUAAUUGCUCGUGCUAAUGCUAAAUAUUGCCCAAAUGGUCGUCCUCCCGAAAAACGAAAGGAACCGGGAGACGACUACUGUUUUGUUCGCUAAGUAUUUAUAACUAUUUUCUGAAAGCAACGCGGCACUAGCUCUAGUCCAUGAUUGGCUUUUGUUUUGAAUAUGUAUACUAACGUUUGUGUGUUUUCUCUCUCUCUCUCUCUCUCUCUCUCUCUCACUAUCUAUCUCUUUAUCUUCGUGUCGUAUGUUUUGUGUCUCCAAUGGUGCACAACAGAGAGUAGUGUUUGGAGGUUUUAAAACGAGCUUAAAAUUACAAUAAAACAAUCCAAAAAUAAAAUAAAAAAA